UCAACACUAUAAUUUCCAAAACAAUAAUACUAAUAACGAUUUUGCAUGUUAAUUUAUUAUUUUGAAAAAGCCAAGCUAAAAAGGAUAGAGAGCGUUAACAUAAUUCGAAAGAAACGCUGUCAGCGUCAGUAAGAUUUAGAAAAGAGCGAAGUUCGAGACUAACAAAAAUAGCGGUAAAAUAAGAACUGAUAUGUAUGAUCCUUAGUAUUUUCUAAUAAGCACCGACUUUUAUUUAUAUGAAACUGACAGUAAACGAGUCAAGAUACGUGAAGGUAAGGAGAGAAUUGGAUGAAUAUUAGCAGAUUCCAAAUAUGGGAGACAAAAGGGAGUCAUCUCGUGUAAAAGAAGUUAAUCAACAGCGUGUGUUGGAUAAAGCAGCUCGAAAACGUCGUCAACGAAAAGCUUUAGAUGCCCUUGAGCAAGACAAUUUUCAUGAUGAUCCCCAUGCUAAUCUUGUGAUGCACAAAAAAGCACCCAAAUUUGAGGAAACCUUAGAGUCAAAAAAACGAAAUAGACGACUGAAAAGUGAACCGUUCAAACAAAGGUUUCGUAAGAAUUUCACUGUUCUCUUAGAAGAAGAACAAUUAAACUCUUCUGAUCCUCCCAACUACCUAAGUGCCUGUGUUCCUCCAUCAAAAUUUCCUGAACAUCACUUUUGUUCAGUGUGUGGCUUUCCUUCCAAUUACACAUGUAUUCCCUGUGGUGCUAGAUAUUGUUGUGUCAAAUGCCUCGGAACUCACAGGGAUACUAGGUGUUUGAAAUGGACUGCUUAAAACUCAGAACUUGCAGGAAUACUAGUUGUUUGAAAUGGACUGCUCAUACUCAAAACAACCGAGGUACUAUGUGCUUGUAAUUUUGCUUCAACUGAGACUACUUGUUUAUUUGUUAGAACAUGGUCUGAAUUUGGUGUUUUCCGAUGUAAAAUGGAAAUAUAUAUAUCUAUGCCUGUAAUUAUUGUAUGUCAUUCAUUAUACAAUUUAUUUCAUGAAAACUGUAUUUUACCAGUAAUAAUUUUUGCUUUCAUUAUAGUUCAAGCCCAUUUGGAUUGCUAUUUAAAUUCAGAUUAUUUUAAAUGGAAAAUGUAUUAAAACCUUCAUGACAAAAGUUAUAUUUGACAAUACUAUGUAUCUUUUUAAAUGGUUUAGUAAAAAUAUCACUGUCACCUAAUGUUAAGUGCAGGAUUUUGUAUAAUUCUUUAGUAUCAAAUUUUUCUUUUUACAAGUUUAGUUUUUUGCUAUUUCUGCUUGCUUGAAAUUGGUUUUUUCAUAUAACUAUUCUAAUGUAUUAGCAGUUCAUUUAAGUUUUUAAUAGAUCUUCUACUGAAUCUAUAAUAUUCAUCAUAGUUGCUUGCAUAAAAAGUUAAUUCUAAAGUGAAAUUAUAGAACAUUUAUUUGUGCAAGUAAAAAGUACAUGUCAAGGUAUUGUUACUUUCUUUUCUGUUGAUUUGUUUGAUUGAUGUUAUGACUGGAUAAGUCUUAUAAUCUGGGAAAUACAACUGCAAUAUAUCUAUUAUUGACACCUGACAAAAAUGCAUAAAAUCAAGCAUCUUGACUGAUCAACCGUCUUCUUCAGUGGUUUUUAAAACUGAAAGAGUCAUUGUUUCACCCUCGUGGAGAUCUCUGUUAACAAGAAUAUGAUACUUGGUUGAUAUGGCAACACUCAAUCCAUUUUUGUGUGCUGUAUGUCUUUUACAUUGUUCUUCAAUUAAUAGAAUAACCAGUGAUAUUUGUUGUUUGCUCUUCCAAUAAUGUUCCUGUUUGGUCAGUCAGAUUAAUUAAUUUCUCUACUAUAUAUUGUUUUGAGGUUCCUUUAAUCUUGUUUAUAAUAAUCUGGAAGUUUCUCUCUAGUAUGAUUCAAAAGGGUCAUUAUAUGAAAUUUUGUCUACACAACCUGCACAUUUAAUUGGUGGAACAGUCUUUGGAUAUACCAGUAGAUUAUGUAAAGGUUUAUGGAUUUUUUAUUUUCACUUUAUUGAGUUGAUAUUUCACUUGCUAUGCUAGGCCUCUAAUAUAAAGUAUAGUGACAGUGACAUUCUCUGAGUCUUUAUGGUUAAAGCUUGUGUUAACUUUGUUCAUUUCAUCCCUUUGAAUCUGUUAAUCAAUAUUAAAUAAGGUAAUUAAAAAUGUGUGAUCUGAGCAUAACCUAGAGGUUCUCUUUGUUCAGGAUUCUGAAGUAUCCUGUUGACAGAAGUGGUCAGGUGUUACUAUGAUUUUUUUAUAACAAAUAUAAGAAUUCAAGAUUACCUUGUGGUUCUUGUUUUCUUGAUGGAUUUGAUGUGAUCAUGAAACCUAAUUAAAUGGUUCAAAGUAGUGUACUUGUAUAUAUUAAUAAAAUCAUGAACAUUUUAUUUACAUACCUCCAAUGGCAUUCAGUUGUGUGGGAAGAAGUUUAAUGCUUGUUCUUCAGUGGUUUAUUUAACUAUAAUUGUUACCACAGAAGAAUCAACCACAGUUUCCUGUAUUUAUUAGAACUAAACAAAUAUAUACUAGAACUGUGUAGCAUUUAAACACAUGCUUAAGAAUAGAUAAAAUUUGGUAGGGGAAAGAUGUAUUCAAUAAUUUUAUCACUUUUCUUUUCCAAUUGAUGUACACAAGGAUUCCAUGUUGAAUAAUAAUAUUUCAUUUUCACUGAUUGUAAAGUUCUUAAGGAAUUGUGCACAUUCUUCACUGUUUUUUAGAAGAUAAAGGAUAAUCUUUGAUAGGUUGUUUACGCAGAGUAUUCAUAAUGAAUCUAAGUUUCAAAUGGACAGCAACUGCC